UCUCUCAUUUACUCUACACAUUACUGUGAUCGAUAAUUAUUCUUUAUUGUUCAGUACAGUCACAGUUAUAGACAAAAUGGGACUUAUUGACUCACUCACACAAAUACUCUGUCGCGCUGCUUAACUAUUUAAAAAAAAUAUAUAUUUUGCAUUUUGGCAUACAACGGGGUGGAAUCUGAGUCUUAUUUCUCACAUAUUAAAAGGUCCUUGUUAAGGAUUUGAAGGGCCCCCUAGCUAAAUUCGCCUUGGGCCCCCAAAUUGCUAAAUCCGCCACUGACUGUAUAUGGCACUUGGACUCUUAUGACAAACUGAAACCAUUUGGCAUAUGUAUUAACGGGUGCAUCGACGGGUUUUCCGGGAAAAUUAUCUGGAUGAAUGCAUUUACUACCAGCAGUGACCCAAAAAUCAUUGGAGGCUACUACAUGGAGGCUGUCCAGAGAUUAUUUGGAUGUCCAAGGAUUGUCAGAGGCGACCGGGGCACAGAGAAUGUUAAAGUCAAAGACUUUCAGCGUUUUCUUCAUCGCAACAUUCACGACAGCUCUGGUAUUGACAGCUACAUCGAAGGGGCAAGCACAGCAAAUCAGCGCAUUGAGAGUUGGUGGGGCUUCCUCAGAAGGGAAUCAAUGGAGUUCUACAUCUCUCUGUUCACUGACCUAAAGGACCGUGGUUUGUUCGAUGGUACAUAUUUGGACAGAAGUCUAAUUCAGUUCUGCUUCUUGAAUAUAAUUCAGGACGAAUUAGAUGAGACCAUCCAUGUGUGGGAUUCACAUGUCAUCAGACCAUCGAAAAAUGACAGGGUACCCAGUGGUCGACCCCGAAUCAUGUACAUGUUUCCAGAACUCUACAGAAGUGAUGACUGCAUUUCCCCAGUGGACGGAGCUGAUGUACAGUUGUGUCAGAGUAACUGUACAUUUCGACCAGCAGUGCCAUGUGACACAGACAUCUACAACAUCUGCAACAUUCUGAUGGUGGAGUCACAGCUGCAUCUCCCAGCUGAUGCUUAUCAAGCAGUGGAUUUGUACCUGCAUUUGAAGAAUGAGAUAACAUCUGCUCUCUAAUUUGAGAUGGAACAACUUUUAUUAUCCAUCCAAACUGAACAUGUGAUCAGACAAUUCUUCUGCAGUCGACCAUACUUAAUUCACCAAACAUUCUCAGUUAAGUUGUAAUGUUUUCCCUGGAAUUCUGUAGACACUAUAUUUGGAACUUUGGAUUAUUUCUCCUUGGAAAAAGGAAUUAUCUGUCACAAGAACAAUGCUAUGUCACAGACAUUAAGAAUGUUUGCAGCUUUACUGAGGGGAAAUUGAAUCUUCCAGUGGUUGCUUGUCAAGAAAGAAGAAACAGUACUGUA